UGUCAUGUCAGGCGACAAACAUUAAUGUUUCAGAAAAAUGACGAGUUAUUUUGAGGAGCAUAAUUGUGAACCCUUAAAUGAUAAUCCCAACACUCCAGAUAAUUUAUUGGAGUUUGCUCGGUUUCUUAUUCUGACUGGAAACUGGAGAGAUGAAGAAUUUUCAGGAUUAUUUAAUGAACGACCUCCUCCCCCAACAUCUAGUGAUUUUAUCGAGAAGUUGGAGACGAUGGAAGUGAGUAAAGAAGAAACCGGUUCCUCUUGUCCGAUCUGUUUAAAGGGAUACGAGGCGGGGGAAACAAUUAGUUCUCUUCCGUGUAAACAUUCUUUUCAUGCUAACUGCCUGCUUCCUUGGCUUCAGAAAACGUCUUCUUGUCCUUUAUGCCGGGCUGAGCUACCGACCUCUGACCCUGACUGGGAGGAGAUGAAAAGGCAGAAGAAGAGAGAGAAGGAUAGAGAAACUGAUAUAGAGGCUCUUCAUGACUCCAUGUUUGGUUAAACUCUAGCUCGUUUUAACUCGAUGUUUAAUUAAUUGUUCUGUGAUAAACCAUUGCCGAAGCUUGGAGUAUUGACAGGGGUUCAUUCUAAAGAUGACUGACUUUUAAAUUGCUCCCUUUAUAUUCCCGGAAAAGUAAACAUAUUGGUUAUUAAAUAGAAAUUAGAAACAUGUUGCCCUACUCUCAUGUGUAUGAUCCCAACAAAGAUAAAAAUUCUUUAAAAUCGUAAUAAGUACAAUAUGCCCAAUUAACUUAUAUUGUGUGAAUAACUCUGUACUUGGGCGUGAUGUUAUUUUACUGAACUGCCUCUUGGGAUAAAUAAUGAAAAAUAACAUUCUGCUCGGUCAAAUUCCAUUUCGUUGUUAUAAUAUCUAUGUAAUCUGAGUAAAACCUUUGUAAUUGGUAUUAUUUUCUUUUCGUAAAUAUUUGAUGCUAUUUUAUAAGUUGAUUUUUAGUUUAUUAUUCUUAUAACACUAACAAAAUUUAUUUUCAAGUCAGUCUUGAUUAUUUCGCGAGACAUAUUACUUUUUGUCCUUGUUAUUAUUUAUAAUUAUUUAAAAAUUCUGAAACAUAUUUUUGUAACAAUUUUUUUCAGA